AUGCGCGAAGAGGCCUUGGACAGACUGGUGAAGGAGCACUUCGCGAUAGAGUCGCUGGGAGUCGCACCCAGGCGUCCGAGCACGGAUAUGGAGGCGAAGGCGCUUGACACCUUGGAGAAGACGAGUCGGAGACGCGACGACGGCCGCUUCGAAGUGGGAUUAUUAUGGAGGGACGAAGAAGCCACGCUUCCUAACAACUACAGGUCCGCGCUGACGAGGCUCAGAGGCGUUGAAAAGAAGCUACACAGAGACCCUGACUUGCAAGUGGAAUAUAGCAAGCAGAUGACUAACCUCAUCGAGAAUGGAUACGCUGAGGAAGUCCCACACGAUGGAGCAGGAUCAAAACGGAAGUGGUACCUGCCUCACUUCGCGGUCACACACCCGACGAAGGCCAAGAAACGCCUCGUGUUCGACGCCGCCGCGAAAUUCGAUGGAACGAGUCUCAAUGAUCUUCUAUUGCCGGGACCGGACCUACUACAAUCCCUGUUCGGAGUGUUGUUGCGGUUCCGGCAAAGACCCGUCGCAGUUGUCGCGGACAUCAAGGAGAUGUUCCUGCAGAUCAGAAUCAGGGACGAGGACCGCGACAGCCUGAGAUUCCUAUGGAGGAAAGAUCGACGCGAAGCGACUCCGAAAGAGUAUAGAAUGACGUCAGUCAUAUUCGGAGCAGCCUGUUCACCGAGCGCGGCGUUGUUCGUGAAAAAUAAGAAUGCUGACGAGUACAGACAUCAAUAUCCAGAAGCCGCGCGGGCAAUAAAAAGAAACCACUACAUGGACGACUACCUGCAGAGCUUCGAGACGGAAGAAGAGGCUAUAACCAUAGCCAGCGAAGUGGAUGUCGUCCACCGUGGAGCGAAAUUCGAGCUCAGAGGCUGGGCAUCGAAUAGGCGCGGCGUCUUGGCGAGCCUCGCAGGUGGUGCGACCCCAGGAGACAUAGAGCUGGGGUCAAAGGAAGAAAAGACCCUGGGCCUGCGGUGGUUCUACGAGUCGGACGAGAUGGGAUUCCGGACACAUCCUCGAGACCCAAAGGAUGUAGAAGCACGAACCCCGACCAAACGAGAAGUGACUAGCGCGGUAAUGUCAACCUUCGACCCUAUGGGGCUGGCAUCACCCGUGCUAAUAGAAGGGAAAGCGCUCAUUCAGAGCAUUUGGCGGAGCGGGAUCGACUGGGACGACGUCAUCCUGGAAAAGGACGAGGUGGCGUGGAAACGCUAUAUGGAGAACCUUCGCAUGUUGCAAGGCCUCCGAAUAGCAAGAUGCUUCUCGUACUGUAACACUGAGGGGGAGCUGCACACGUUCACCGACGCCAGCGAGAAGGCCUACGCGUGUGCAGUCUAUUGGCGUCAGAGGACAGACGAGAGCACCUACCGCGUCACGCUUCUAGCAGGGAAAGCCAGGGUGACCCCACUGAGACCAGUCUCUAUCCCAAGGCUGGAGCUGCAAGCUGCGCUGCUGGGGACAAGGAUGGCGCAGGCGAUAGCGGACGAAUUGGACAUCGCGAUCAGUGGAAGGACGUACUGGACUGACUCCAGCACAGUCCUGACAUGGAUAAAGACCGACCCACGCACGUUCAAACCUUUCGUCGCGCACCGACUCGCCGAGAUAGAAGAGUCAACGAAGCCCCAAGAAUGGCGAUGGGUGCCUGGCUCGCAAAACCCAGCAGACGACGCAACUAGAGAGGCGCCGGCGGAUUUCGACCACACGCAUCGGUGGUUUAAUGGACCCGAGUUCCUGUCGUGGGAUGAAUCGCGCUGGCCCAAGCCGCGAACCUUCAAGCAAGAACCGUCUGGAGAAGAGAAAGAGGCCUUCCUGGUCGCCACGGCGAGGACCGCUGACGCUCGACCCACGCCCGAUCCGCGCAGAUUCUCGAGCUGGGUCAGGUUAUUGAGAGCAACAGCCAGGGUCCUCCAAUUUAUUGAGCUGUGUCGACCCCGGAAGGAGAGCGCCUGCGUGUCCAGACAAUUGAAGCAGCAAGAUCCCACGUGGAGGACGACACGAACGAAGCAACCCCGAUCCACAUGGAAGUUAAGGACCCCGGAAGCACCUACAGAAGCAUGGCUGCCGCUUGAUCCGCCCCACUUGAAGAAGGCGGAGAAGAUCCUACUGAGAAGCAGCCAAGGAGAGAGCUUCGGUGAAAAAGAUCCCGAACGUCACCCCAAGUUGCGACGGCUCGACGUCGUGAUGGAAGAUGGCCUGUUGCGCCUGCACGGACGUAUCGACGCAGCGCAAUACAUAGAUGCAGACCGCAAGCGACCGAUCGUGCUGGACGGGAAGCACGUGAUAGCGAGAUUACUGAUCAAACACUAUCACGAGGCGUUCCAGCACGGUAACCACGCAACGGUGAUGAACGAGGUGCGGCAGCGCUACUGGAUCCUAGGUCCUAAGAUCGAUCAUUCGAGCGACGGCCGUCCGAUGCCAGUGGUGCAAGAGCGACUACGACAUGGAGAGCCGCCGUUCACCUGUGCUGCCGUCGAUUACUUCGGGCCGAUGACGGUGACUGUAGGACGACGUCACGAGAAGAGGUGGGGCGUGCUGUUCACAUGCCUCACCACGAGAGCAGUUCACAUGGAGCUAGCAGCGUCACUGACGGCAGACUCAAUGCUGUUAGCGCUGCGCAGGAUGGCCGCCCGGCGAGGAACGCCCAAAGUCAUUUACAGCGACAAUGGGACUAACUUCGUCGGCGCCAACAAGGAGCUCAAGCAGGCAAUCGAGAAUGCAAGGGAAGCAGACGUCGUGUCACGGGCCGCUCAGAUGAACAUAAAAUGGAAGUUCAUCCCGCCAGGAGCGCCGAACAUGGGAGGCGCGUGGGAACGUUUGGUGCGGUCCGUGAAGACCGCGCUGGCGGUCACACUGAAGGAAAGACACCCGAGGGAAGAAGUUCUGCACACUCUUCUGUUGGAGGCGGAGCACGUCGUCAACUCGCGACCGCUCGUCGCCAGGGAAGAGAGUUGGGAGUCAGAAGCACUCACGCCGAAUCACUUCCUCAUAGGGAGGUCCUGCGGAGCUCCAAGCAUCGGCGACUACAGAGACGAAGACCUGACCGGCAAAAGGACAUGGAGAGUGGCGCAGCGUAUGGCGGACCACUUCUGGAGUAGGUGGGUCAAGGAAUACCUGCCUACGCUGCUGCCCAGGAAGAUCGACGGGAGAGCAGCUGGCGAGGACUUGCAGUGUGGGGAUACCGUCCUCAUAGUGGACUCCACGCUGCCACGCAACACAUGGCCGCGCGGGCAAGUUGUCCACACCUACCCAGGCCCCGACAACCGUGUACGAACCGUCGACGUCAAAACGAGCGGCGGUCUGCUUAAGAGACCUGCCUCCAAGAUGAUCCUGCUGGUGCCUGCAACGAGCGACGAGCCCACGCCCAUAGAGUCGCCACGACAAGGAGUCGGUGCUACGCACGAGGGGGAGGAUCGCAACUUAUCGGAGUUUUCCGAAUAUUUUCCUUCUUCAUUCACAAACAUCGUUCUUAAAGCUAGAUCCGUUGAUGAAAUCAGUUUCAAUCCAGUAUUAAUGGCCACCAUCAGUCAGCCAGGAACUGAUUGGAUCAGGCCAGUGCAGCCAACGCCGAUGCUCAAUAUCGAAAACGACUCAUCCGCCAUUCAACUUUCAUAA